AUGGCACUUGGUGUCAUGGAGUGUCUACUCGGCACCCCCUCCUCUUCUUCGGGCAUCAUGAGCCCGAAUCUAAGCCCCCUAAACCCCGAAAUCGAGAAUGAAAGCGACAAGGCGAGCGAUAGCGGGACGAGCAAUGACGCCGUCACGCCCGCUGCCGCCGCCAUUGUCGGGGGAAUUGACAUUUCGCGCCUGCGGUUCGAGUGCCGCUGGCAGAACUGCGGCAAGGUUUUUCGCAGACCGAGUGAUUUGACCAAACAUGAAAGAUACCACAUCAAGGAGUACCUCUGCGACGAGGUCGGCUGUGACAAGGCCUUUGCCACGCAAAAAGACCUCAAGCGGCACAAGAUGACGCAUGAGACGCUCGACGGCAACAGCGCCGGGUACCGAUGCCGCGUCGCCGGGUGCCGGAAGGCCAAGACGGGGCACGUGUACAACCGCCGCGACAACUUUGUCCGCCACCUGCGGACGAAGCAUGUGGGCAUGGACUUUGAUGUCAGAGAGGAAUAUGACAUGACGUACUGA